AUGAGUCAAACCUGUCAUUGUUAUAGUUGUAACAUUCUUACUCAUUCACAGAAACCUUUCUCAUCAAAUAAUGAGGAUAAACAAAAUCUCAUCUUACAAAUUUGUAAAAGGAUUUUUGAAGCUAUUCAAUAUAAGCAUACAUCUACAGAAAUUUCUUAUAAUGGAAAGGAAAUGGAACAUAAACAAAUUAACAACGUUACCGAGGUUGAAAAUUGUAUUAAUGAAGAAUUUAGUCAACUUAGAGAUAAUGAUAAAAUAUUAAAUUAUGAAGUAAAAAAACUUUUAAUCGGUAUUUGGAGGAUUGAGUUCAAAUGGACUAAAUCUAAUAUUAAUCCAUUGGUCAAUCGUCUUUUAGAAAUUUCAAUGAAAUGGUAUGACUCUUUCGUUAAAUAUAUUCAGCAAAAAGAUUAUCAAAAGAGAUUGGGUUGGCGAGAUUAUAAUGAUAAAGAUGCUAAGAAGGGAGAGUUAAAGAAAUACCUUUUAGAAAAUCUAGAAAAAUAUCUUCCGGGACUUGAAUAUUUAUUUGAAUAUUCUUGGAUUUCACUUGAUGAGGGUAGUAAGUUUCAUGAGGGUGAUUUCAUAUUUGCUUCAGAUGUUGGUAUUUUUGUCGUGGUUGGAGUUAAAUGGUUGGAUGUAAAUUCGGGACCUGCUGCGAAGAAAUCUAUUGAAAGGGAGGUUAGAAAGUUUAAAGAGUUGGCCGAAAAGAAAUGUAAAGGAAAAUACAUUGCGAUCAUAGGAGCAACAUUUAUGAAUAAUCCCGAUGAAGAUUCACUAGACAAAUAUACUCUUGAGUUUAUUGAAAGCGAUAAAAUCAUUGCACAAAUUCUUCCAGAAACUCAUCAAACUCGCUCAAAAACAAAAUCAACUUUAAUUCAACAAGAACAAGAGUCUAGCGGAUGGUCAUUUGGUGGUUUAACUGGUUUAGCUGCAAUUGCAGCGACAGGAUUGCAAUAUUUACACCAUGCUGCUGAUUUCGCUUAUUUAAGAGGUUAUUUAAGAAAGAAUUAUAACAAACUUACAUGGAAGGAGAAAAUAAAUAUUACUGUGAAUUUAAUUAGCUUUCUUAGUCGUAUUCAUAAAGAAAAUGCAGUUCAUAGAGAUUUGCAUUCAGGAAAUAUUUUAUUCUCAAAUUAUGAUAAUGAAUUUUAUAUCAGCGAUCUUGGUUUCUGUGGCCCUAUUAAUAAACCAUUAGAAAAUAUAUAUGGAAACCUUCCUUAUAUAGCACCUGAAGUUCUUACUUAUAAAAAAUAUUCUUAUGCAUCAGAUAUUUAUAGUAUUGGUAUACUUAUGUGGGAAAUUUCAUUUGAACAAUCACCUUUUAUUGGUUUUGAUGACAAUCUAGAUCUUACAUUAAAAAUAAUUAAUGGAAUGAGACCAAGAAUAAUAUCAAAUAUUCCUUUAAAAUAUGAACAAUUAAUGAAACAAUGUUGGGAUGCAGAUCCAUUAAAAAGACCUUGUCUUGAAACUCUUUUUUUAGAACUUUAUAAAAUGAAAUUGUAUUAUCAAAAUAAUAAUAUUCAAAAAGCAAAUAGUAAUAAUACAAAUUCUAAAUUAUCAAUUAAAAGUAAUAGUAAAAUUCAUAAUAUUUAUAAAGGAUUAUAUGAACCAAGAAAUGCUUUUAAAGAAGAACAAAAAGCUUAUAAUAAAUUACAACUUGAAAAAGAAUUAGGUUUAAAAAUUAUAAUUGGUAAUAAUAUAAAUAAUUUUGAUGAUACAUUACAAAAUGAUAGUUUAGAACAAUAUAUGAUUUUAUUAAAUUAA